CUACAACAACAUCAUCACAUUCACAAUCUCAUAAACCUCUUAUAAUAUAUAAGAAUGGCUGUUUCUUUUAGAUUUAAUCAUCACUUCCUCGCAUCUCUUCUCAUAACCAUUACCAUAACCACGCUCAAGUCGGUCCAUACAACAACAACAACAAACACGGAGUUCGUAAAAUCAUUAUGCACAUUCACAACGUACCCAAGACUCUGUGUCACUUCACUCUCAACUCAAUCCAGUCUCAUCCAAACCAGCCACAAGCUCAUGGCUCAUGCGGCUCUCAACAUCACAUUAGCCUCGGCUAAAGCCACGUCAGCAAUGAUGGUGCGUGUCUCGAGAAGUAGUCGGCUCAAGCCGAGAGAAGUCUCGGCCAUGAGAGACUGCGUUGAGGAGCUAGGUGACACGUUGGAGGAGCUUAGGAAAUCGAUAGGCGAGAUGGGUCAGCUAAGUGGCUCGAACUAUGAGGUCUACAUGAAUGAUAUUCAGACUUGGGUUAGCGCGGCUCUGACCGAUGAGUACACGUGCUUGGAUGGAUUUGAAGGAGAUGAAAUGAACGGGAAGGUUAAGGUUUUGGUUAGAGGGAGGAUUUUGAUUAUUGCUCAUUUAACGAGUAAUGCUUUAGCUUUGAUUAAUCACUUUGCUUAUAUUCAUUGUUAGAGAGACUGAAAUAUUUUUAGUUUCUUUUUAUUGCAAUUUUCUGUUGCUUUUGUCUGUUUGUGUGUAUAAGAAAUAGUAAUAAUACAAUGUAUGUGUUCGUCUUUAAGAUUCCUGAAUCAAUAUGUACCAGAAAAUGUUUAAUACUUUUUUUUUUGCUAUCCAAUGUAGUUGUAGAUGUAUCAUUUACAUACUUUAACAACUUUCCAAAAUAAUUAAUGAAAAACAACUUUCUAAUAACUCGAGUCAAUACUAAUUCAGUUUAUUCAAAUAUCUUCUGCUAAUAUACUUUGAAGUUUACACUAUAAUAAUCUUAAUAACAUAGCUAUAGUAUGGACCAUAGAAAAUUAUGAAAAAGUCUAUUGAUUUAGUUAUGUUUAUGUGAAAACAACAAAUUAAAAAGGAAACCCACGUGAAGAAAAGCUGUCUUUUUCUUCCACUUUUGUUGAACGAUGGAGACCAACUACAGUUGUUAGAUUUUACGCAUGGAAUCUAUCUUAAACAUUUCACACUCAGAAAUAUUUUUAAAGGUUAGAACAUAUGAAAAAUACAAAUCAUUAUUCUACAUCACGUUUACAAGCAAAUUACAAUAUACUAAUACCGUAAAAAGGGCAACAUAAAAAAACUAAAGUUGCCUAAGCAUCUCCAUCCCUACUCUAUUUUUUCUUCUAAAAUAUAAUAAAAGUAAAUAUGGAAUAAGAAAUGCUCCAACCCAACUUCAUAAUCCGGAGAAAAAAAAAAACUCUCGCUUCUCUCUCGACUUCCUCUCAGCCGCCAAGAAAAAGAAAAGUUUUCACAGAUCUAUCUCCGGUCCGGCUACGUUCGGUGCACUACAAAAAAAAGUUCACAUUGAUAGCACAUUGUUAUAGCACGUUUUACUGAACUGCUAUUGUAGGUGCGAUUGAAAUUUCCAUAAUAUAUAAUAGCAUUCGAUAAACACUAUGAUAGAGUGAAACCUAAAAUAACACUUAAUUAAUGCUAUUUUCAAGAUUAAGUGAGCAGAAAUAUAAAUUACUCAUUCCACCAGAACUUAGCGAAAAAUUAUACUUAAGCGUCAAAAAAGUUAUUUAAGUGGCUUCCAUAAUACUUUCAAAGACAUAUAAUAGCAUUUUUCUAACGCUAAGAAAAGCUAUUUUCUAACAUUAUAUUCAAACACUUUAACUCUAAACUUAAAUUACAUACCAAAUCAUAAGCUCUUUUUUUAAUAUUUAAACACAAUUUGUAAUUUCCAAAAUUCUUUAAUUUUAUAAUUAAAUCUUUACAUGUAUAUUUAAUAAUUAAUUUUAACAUUUAUAACCCCUAAAUUAAAAAUUUAAAUUCCAAACCCUAUAUCUAAAGUCCAAACCUAUUCCACAAACCCCCAAAUAUACUCUAAACCCUAUGUACUUACCAAAAAUUGAAAUCUACACUGUAAAACUAAUAUUUUUCAACUUAAACACCAAAUCUUAACAUAUAAAUUACAAACACUACAAACACCUAAACAUUUUUUUUAAAGUUCUAAAAUUCAAACAUAAACUUUAGAUUUCUAAUCUUCUUAUACUAUAACCUCAAAUCUUAAAAUUAAAAUCAAAAUUUCAUCUUUUAAAUCUUAUUCUAUAACUUUCAAAACACAGACCUUAAAUCUUCAUUCUAUAAUUAAACUCUAUUUUGAAACAUAAACCAUACUUCUCAGACAUUGUCUUGAUCAUAUACCCUACAUAAAACAAACUCACCAUACCUUCUAUAUACUAUUAAAGCUUUAAUAAACUAAACAUAAAUAAUACACUCUUGUCGAAGACAUAAAAGAAAAAAAAUACUCUUAAUUUUCUAUUGGUUAAGAUAGUGAUGUGAGGAUCGCCAUUUUUAACCAUUGAUUAAUUAUAAUCAAUGGUUCAGAUUCAAUUUUUGUGUGUAUCUUUCUCUCUCUCCAAGAUUUCCUCUGUCUAUUCCUUUUUCUUCUUUUCUUCCAAUUUCUUCUCUCCAGAACUUUGUCUCUUCGACAAUCAAUUUUCAUGUAUCAAAUCUUUAACAACUCUCACAUCCUUCUUCUCCAUUGCUUCCCUCUCAAUCAUCUCUCAACAACGACGACGCCAACGAGGAGCUCUGGUGUGACCAGCCCCUGAGUCAUUCGCAAACAGAAGUAGAAAAGCUCUGGUAUGGAAAGAGUUAUGGUUUGAGCUUGACGGCGGAGGAGGCAGACACGGACAUGGAUUCUCCACCUCUACAAAGGAAGGAGGGGAAGAAGACGCGACGACGGCGAGAUGGCAGAAGAAGAUGGAGGAGAGGAAGAUCUGUUGGAGACGACAACAGCGAGCAGGUCCGAGCUCUGGUGUGGAGAGGACGGUGACGCCGGCGAGUAGGUCCAAGCCGAGGAAGAAGACGCGACGGCAUGUGGAGGCGUAAGAAGAAGAAGCGGCGGUUUGAUUAGGGUUAAAUUUUUUUUUAGGUUUUGUUUUAAUACGGUUUAGAUUUGGUUUAGUGUAGAGUUAGGAAAUUGUAGUGGUUUAACUUUAUUUUUUAAUAUCUGGUUUAGUUUAGUAAACCAGAAUUUAUUUGUAAACCAAUUUAAAUUUAUAAAUAAAAUUUAUUUUAUUUUUAAUUAUAAAGUAAUUUUCAGUUUAAUUUUUAACUAUUUAUUAUUAAUUAUAAUUAUUUGUGGUUUAUUGUACAAAAGACCUAUUAUAGCACGAAUAUACGAAUCGCAAUCAAUUUGUAACAAAAAAAUAGUGCUAUAAUUAAAGUUAAUAACAACAUUCAAGUAUUGCUAUCGUAUCUGCACAUUUUGCAGUAUUUUAAAAUGCUAUCGUAGAGGGGGUACUUAUGAUGGCGGCCGAUGACAUAGCAUAUGAGAAAACGCUAUGAAAGGUCUAUUAUAGCAUUUUUCGUGAGCUAAGAAUGUACAUAUUUCUUGUAGUGGUGACCGGAUGGUCCCCUCUUCCCCUUCUACCUUCUUUUUUCUUUGCCUUCUCGAUUUUGUCCCAAACCCUAAGACGAGAUACAUGAUGUUCUGGUUUGUCGGAGUGACUCUGGAGACUUGUAUGGUCAAGGGUCCAUCUCACGGCGUUCUUGGAGGAGCAGUGAGUCAUAGGAAGGCGGAAUCGAGGCAGGUCGGCUUUUAGGGUUGAGAGGAGUCAACAAAUCGAUUUUCUGUUUUAGAUCUCGGACGCUCCUCUCACGGCAACGGCGCGUGGCUCAGUGGGAAAUAUCCUCCACCUUGGAUCUCCGGUCCAGUGUGACGGUGAGCCAAACGGAGAUGAGAUACGACGGUUGGGGAAUAUGGUUCUGGUCCUCGGUUCUCGUGGAAGACGCAUCGCAGGGUUUUCUUCACCGGAGGAGUCUACCGGAGGAUGAGCUCUGCAGCGGGUACGCGGUGGGGGUUCACAUCCCAGCGCCAGCGGUGACGUCUCCUGUUUCGCUCGGUGGUGAAACCCCAUGCCAUUAUUAACCUUAAUUAUUGUUCCGGUCACGGUAUGUUCGCCAAAGCCCGACUUUCAGUACGGGAAAGUUCUGGUUCAUGGCUAAGGAGCGAAUUCUGAACCUUGACAACAACGGGUUUUCACCGAAUUUGCGCUGCAAGGUGAUGAGUUGUUGGACUGGGUAUGUCACUCUAAUCUUUAAGAGUCCAAUGUCCUGGGCCGAAUUGUAAUCUGGUUUUUAGCUUUGUUAUUGUUGAGUUUUUUAGAAUUGUCAUCUUGUAUGGUCAAUUUAGGUGGUCUAGUGGGUGAUUUGCUCCGAGUCGUGGAGCUCUCUUACCCUACUGUGGUUGAAAUUACAACAAAGUAUUCUAGGUUGCGCUAGAUCUGAGUGAGAAAUCACCUAGUGAGUGUGCUAGUGAGUGUUCCAGGGUGUUUCUAAGAUCCUUUGUUGUAUUUGUGGUAGAAAUUCAAUGUGGUCAAUCUCAUUGUAAACUCAUUGAUUAAUGAAAAGUUGAUGUUGAGACAAAAAAAACUAAAGUUACUGAUUCUAGUUAAACAUUUUCAAUAAACCCAGUUUAGUACAAUUCAAUAAAGAUCGCCCAGACUGAAC